CCGGUGCGGGGCGCUAUGAUACUGCGCAUGCGCCGUCGCUCCCGCCCUCUUUUCGCUGGACCCCGGGAAGGCGAGAUGGCCAAACGCACCAAGAAGGUCGGGAUUGUCGGUAAAUACGGCACUCGGUAUGGUGCCUCGCUGAGGAAGAUGGUAAAGAAGAUUGAGAUCAGCCAACACUCAAAAUACACAUGUUCCUUCUGUGGCAAGACUAAGAUGAAGAGGAGGGCAGUGGGUAUCUGGCACUGCGGAUCCUGUAUGAAGACAGUGGCUGGCGGGGCCUGGUCAUGCCACACCACCUCAGCACUCACCGUCAAAUCUGCCAUCCGCCGUCUUCGGGAGCUGAAAGACCAGUAAACCCUGUCCUGUAAUGUCCUGUCACGUGGGAGAAGAUAAGCCUAUUGAACAUCAUUUUCUACAUCUGUGCGCUUGUCAAUAAAGGGUUAAGUUAUGUA